AUGCAGCAAUCCCUCUUCCUCCUCUUUGCCAUUGCGGCAAUCGAGACGUUGGCCAACCCGGGCAAUGGCUACCCACUUGCUGCACCCCAUCCAGACUUCGCCAAGCGAGCUCUCAUGAAGCGAGAUGUCAACAGCCCUAAUUACGCCCAACAAGCGAAUCAGGCAGAGUACAAGGCAUAUCUCAACACGCCUGAUGGUCUGGAUGAAGCGAGCGAAGUGCACCAGGCGCAGUACGCAAUGCUUAAAGCCCUGGCCGAGGCAAAGGCCCAAGAAGCCUACGAGUUCGCUGUCAAUGCAACGAAAGCAAUGAAAGCAACGAAAGCACCUUCCAGCGGCUGUAAAAGCUCUAUUUUCGGCUUCUGUCUCGAUGACCUGAGUAAGUUGAAGGAUCUUGCAGCAGCAGUUCAGAAAGCAUCUCCAGCACCAGCUCCGGCAGCAGCACCGGCAGCGGCACCAGCAGCGGCACCGGCAGCAGCACCGGCAGCGGCACCAGCAGCGGCACCAGCAGCGGCACCAGCAGCAGCACCAGCAGCGGCCAGCAACGUUACAACAGUACUGACGACCAUCAACAGCUGGGUUCCAUAUCUCUACCCUAACUACUGGGGAGGUUAUUAUUAUACAUAUUACGCCGGAUAUACCUUCACAGUCCCUGCGGGCUAUCCACAGCCUGGCAAGGGCAAGACUGGUUGUAGCGAUGUGAAAAAUCAAGGCUACAUCUGCAAUGCUGCCUACAACGAGCUUAGCUAUUGCUUCAAAGGAUUCCCAUACUAUUUCGGCUUCGCCGCUGGCGCUGGAGGCGGAGUAGGUAGCGUCACUGUCGCAAAGUGCUGCUUCUCUGGCACUUGUGCUGCUUCAGACGAUGGCAUUCUUGAGCGACAUGCACAGCACACAGUCUCAUUUCUCAACUCUUGGACACGGAAACGAACCCUGGACUCGGCACUUUUGGCAUUCAGCAUGAUACCCAUCAUCAUCAUCAUCAUUCAUUCACUCAUUAUUUUACGACACAGAGUAGCAAGACAGAGCUACAUCACCGCCAUCAGAGGCAUAGACACGACGACAGCCCGACACAGCGGACUCAUCCCGACAACAGCAGCGGGAUCGACAUGGACGAAGGAAGACACGAUCCAGUAUGAACCAAACAUACAUUGGUUUAAUGUAUACUAUCUAUACCCACCUGAGAGAGAGAGAGAGAGAGAGAGCAGGGCUCAUCUCAUAAGCUGUAGUAUAUCAGGCCUACAAAGAGAGAUGUGUAUCCACCUUCCAAAGAAUUUGUCGACUGACGUUGGACCAUCCUGCUUGGCGAAACGCUAUAUCUAUAUAGAAGUGCCGGAAGGUCGAAUACCCUACUGCAAUCUAACUUCCACUGUUCCGCAUGGACGUCAAGUGGUUGUGGCCAGCCAGCCCACUCUCCGCUCGCAGCUCCCCAACUCCAAGUGCCGGCAAGCUUUUUUUUUUUCGUUUUUCGAUUUGCUGGAGUAUGUAAUCGAAAAGAAAAUUUAUUAUCCCUUGUGGAUUUUCAAAAUUUAUGAGUGUGGUAGGGAGGCACCUGUAUGUACGAUGACAUGGAGCGGGGCGGAACUUCCAAAGUUCAUCAAUGCUGGGUUGGAGCUCGGAUACAUGUACAGGAAUCAUAUUGGUGGUAUUGGGGUGGGAGGUGAGGUGAGGAAGUUAUUUUGGAUAAUGGGUUGGUGGAUGUUGUUGAUUACUGAUUACUCUAUAAUCAAUAGUCACUGUAAUCGCUGUGACUAUGAUUAUGAUUAUAGAGUCAGUAAUUACGACAGCGACAGCGACAGCGACACCGAUAGCGACACCGACACCGACACCGACACUCGCCGAAUCCGGCGUUGUAGGAGCAUGCGAGAGCACUAA